AAGAAAUAAGAGGUAUGUGUUUCAUCUUCAGUAUGACCAUUAUUGGUAUAACGUUGAGCGAGCAUAAAAUUAUGAAACAGCAAAAGUCUAAGACUCUUAAGGGAUUAGAAGAAAUCCACAAGCAUGAUGGCAAGUUAGGUGAACACAAAAAAGAAGAGAAAGCUUUUUAA